AUGUGUCUUCUCAAUCUUCUUCUACAUUCGUUUAUAGGUCUUAUCUUCAUUCAAGUUGCCAGAGCCGAUCCUUCUUCCUAUCAAUGGCAAGACUCUCUCACCAGUGAUGCUGCUCCUGACUGGCAAAAGUAUGUGCGAUCUCCUCCAAAUCAGAUCGUACGUCCUGUGGCCGUCCUCACCAAUUAUACCCAAGGGAACGUGACUAAUCCCAAUGGUCUCCUCACGGGAAAAGGAGCGACAACUUUCACCAGAACAAAUAUAUCUGCAGGUACUGAGAAAGAUGUACUCCCAACCAUUGUGGUCGACUUUGGACAGAACAUUGUAGGUUAUCUCUCCAUCAAAUUUGGUGGAGCAAGCUCUUUCAACGACACUCCUGGUUUGCCCGGAAUCCGAUUAGCCUUCUCGGAAACACUCCAGUAUCUGACUAACGUCUCCGAUUUCUCAAGAUCGUACAAUGGAGACACAAUUACCCCAGGAAGUGACCAGAUUGCCGUCAACCCAUAUCCGUACACCUGGACUGAUGUUCAUGGCUGUGAGUACGGAAACCAAGUUUGCGAUGAUGGCCUUCAUGGAUUCAGAUAUGUGAAAAUCUACUUGGACUCUCUUCCCGCGGAUGCGCCAUACACAACUUCCUAUGGAACUGUAUCAAUUGAUUCAAUGAGCCUGAAUUUCUCUGCAUUCCUUGGCACUCCCAACACCUUCACGGGAUGGUUUGAAAGUUCUGACGACCAACUCAAUCAAUGGUGGUAUGAUGGUGUAUAUACUACAGAUAUGUGCACAGACACAUUCGGAGCGAACGACUCAGACCCAAGAGGGGCCGCAAGUCCAAGUCUCCUUGGGAAGUUGGUGAUCCUUGAUGGAGCGAAACGUGAUCGUGACCCAUAUGUUGGCGAUCUUGCUGUCUCGGCACGAACUUCAUACCUGAGCCAUAAUCUUCCUCAGGCAGCUCGGAAUGUUCUUGCUGAUCUGGCAGAUCAUCAACGAGCUGAUGGGUGGAUUCCACCCGCUAGCAUCAACAACUACACUCUCCCGCUUCUUGAUUAUCCACUGUGGUGGGUCGUCUGUAGCUAUGAUCUCCUCAUGUAUACCGGAGACGUAGCCUAUAUCCAGCAAUACUACUCGAAUAUUGUGCAAGUCCUCGAUACAUUCUACCCCUCAGUCACGAAUACUCAAACUCAACUCAUUUCCAAAGGCAUUGGAAUCUCUGGAGGUUAUGGUGAUUAUGCUUUCUUACCCCGAAGUGGACCAGUAACCUACUACAAUGCCCUCUAUGUUCUCGCCCUCGACAAUGCUGCGUCGAUUGCCACCUUCCUCGACGGAAAGCAAGCAGAUGCAGCUCGGUGGACAGCUCGAGCACAGAACGUGUCCGCAUCUCUCAAUAAGUACAAUUUCGACAUCACGAAUGGUGCAUUUUUCGAUGGGACUUGUGGCGGAGAGGCGUAUUGCGAAACUCAUGCUCAGGAUGGAAACAGUCUCAGCAUUGUCACUGGGGUAGCAAAUGCCACUCGUGCCAAUCAAGUACUCUCCUACCUCGCAACACACAACGCGCGACCAUACGGGAACUCUUUCUAUGACAAUGAUGCCAUCGGGGCGGGAUUUUCUCAGCGUGUCUACGCUUUCAUCUCAUAUUUCGAGAUCGAAGCUCGAUUUAUCGUUGGUUCAGCAAGCUCGGCGCUUGAGGAGAUCCGAAGACUCUAUGGUUGGAUGGCUAACCACGACCCAACGAUCACUCAAUGGGAGGGAAUUGGAGCCGAUGGGAUUCCAUAUGAAGGCGCAUACACCUCAAUGGCACAUGGAUGGGCAACUGGGAUCGUCCCCGCACUCACCAACUACAUCCUUGGUGUCAUUCCUCAAGGUCCUGGCUUCUCGGUCUACAGCGUCAAACCGAUUCCAGGAGAUGUGAAGUGGGCGAAAGGAGUUGUUCCUACUCCGCAUGGACCUAUCACAGUGAGCUGGAACAGUAACCCUUCGCAGGGGCAAUUCUACAUCAGUACCACGGGGCCAGCCGGGACGAAGGGCACAGUAUAUGUCCCAGUUGCAAAUGCAAGUGUAGCAGUAUAUUUGGACUCAAAUCCUGUUCCACAGAUGAAUGGGACUCAAUCGUCUGCGAGUCAGGAUGUUGGAUAUGUUGCCGUCCCGAUAAACGAUGAUCAGACGCAUGUCAUCACUGUAGGAUUUCAAAUGAAUUAA